AUGGUCUUCGGCUGGCGCACUCCGACCUACGAGGACCAGAAGAUGAAACAGCUCUUCGAUAGGUUUUCCGAAUUCGCGGCCAUCAACCAAACCGGCGCCGCCGCAUUCAUCGACUUCAUCCCCCUGCUCCGCAAAUCGCCUGCCUUCUUGCUUCCAACUCAGAAUAAAGCGAGAGAACUGCACAAGCAUGAAAAGGCCCUCUACAAGGGUCACUGGCUAAAGGCAAAAGAGGACAUUCGAAACAACAACAUUAAGCCAUGCUUCUGCAUUGGCAUGUACGAGGCCCAGAAGCGCGACGGCUUUAGCGACGAUCGCUUAAGCCUCUUACAUCUCGGGUACGCUACUAGAGGCCGGCUCCGACACAACCUCGAGUACUCUCUAUGCAUUCUCACCGCGUUGUCGGACCUGGUCGCCUCCCGGUCAUGGAUGGUCUAG